UACCCACUAUUCUCGAUGAUCACUCGCGAGUUAGGGGUACAACAGUUUUUAUCUUGUUUAUGCUUGUUUAUUCGCGAAUCUGGCGUUACGAGAAGCAAAGCGACAAAUCUUUCAGACAUCUGGUGGAUUUUGGAAGACAAACUCAAAAUUUCUUGCAAAACCAGUCUGACGAUGAUUUCGAAACGUGCGCAGUCAAAAAUGUGAAACAGAUAUCAAAAGUCUUGUUUACUGUAUACAAGAUGAAAGAAGUAAAACAAAAUUGUCGCUGUUACCGAAAUAACAUCACCACUUUGUCGCAAACCCCACGAAAAACAGUACUUAACGUCAAUUAUUUCUACAUAGUUUGCAAUUUUAACUUAACCGUGCCUGAAUCGGCCCAUAUCAAAAUAGUUACUGGUUAAAAAGCAAGCACGCACUUGUUCGAGAAGGGCAAACACGAAGUUAGAAUAAUUCAGUUAGUGCUGCUCAUUUCUCUGACUUUACUUUCCUGACUCAAGUGCCUUCGGUUGAAAUUCCAUUUCUUGCAAUUAAAAAAAACAAUAAUAAACAAACCAUGGGUUAUUGUGAUAUUUUCAUCAUUUUUUUUUUAACUUUACAGUUUCAAUUCGAUUAUUUUCCUGCGUCGUUUUGCGGUUUCGAAAAGACGCGUCGGUUUCGUGUAAACCUUAAUUACUUUAGAUAUCUCGAGUGACGGAGUAGCUUGCCAUAUCGCGUUCCGAAUCCUCAAGUUCCGCGCAUUGUCAGCAGGCAUACCAAAUGGUGGUCACGUUCUCCUUAACUUAGUGUAACGUGAUUUAAAUACUCUUUAUCCCACAUGUAUUGUUUUCUCUUCCUUGCUGCAGGUUCAAUAUUCUGCGAAUUAUUCAACAAUUUCUAACUCAUUUAACGUUAUUUAAGCUACGAAAUUGCAUUUGGAUUUUUUUUUUGUCAGCGCCUUGCGAUGUGACUGGAAAAAAUUUCAGUGAUAGCAAAUUGAGAGUGCUUCAAAGAUUCUAAAUGACAAAAGCCAGAAGAUGAUUUAGCUGUUGGAAAUUGGAGGAUGACAGAUAAAGAUUAAAGUAAAAAGAACAAAUAUUUUGUCCCAGAGUAUGCCUAAUGAAUUAGAAGACAGUCUCAUUUUAUGAAACAAAAAGAUUGCAUAACGCAUCGCGGACAUGGUGUUCGUGUUUGUUGUUGAUUUAUCGCUGUUUUCACCGCUGUUUACAUUUUCACGUGUUUUAUUUCAAAUAAUCUCUCUAAUUAUGUCAAUGGUAUAACUUUUCAAAUGGUAAACGCACUCAACUGAAAGUAACAAAUGAACUUCAUAACAGCAAAUACACAUUUGUGAUUGAAAGUGUUUAUGACAUUGUUAUAGUCCUAUAGUCCUUACGCGUAUUAACAUCCAAAUUGUUUUAACAUCCGCUGGUAUGGUCAACUAAACAAUAACUCAAUUAUAUCAUUGGUAGGAAUAUUUUCUAUAUUCUCCAAGCUUCCGUACUCUAGUUAAGGCCUUCUUGUCUCACUUUCUCACUAAAUAUAAUGCUGACCUGAGUAGAUAGAGAAUCCUCAAUCCAGUGCGCACCUUCAGUCAGAAAGGAUGUAUAACGUUUCAAGCAACGUUUCAUCUAGUAAUAACCCCAAUUUUGUACCUAACCCAGAUUCACUGGAAUACGUCUUUCAAAGUGUCAUCUUAGCCGUAGUCUGCCCUUUUAACGCUAUAUCGAAUAUUGCAACCUUUCUGGUGAUCAUCCGGAGCGAGAAACUUCGAGAACAUUCUGGUAAUUUCUUCGUCGCCAGUCUUGCGUUAUUGGACGGUGUUCCCAUAUCUAUAGUGAUUGCAUUUCGCCUUGCGUUCAUUCAUGACUUCUACGGUGCUGUGAAGGUGUGUGCGUUCAGCGCCACUCUCCUUGUCACCACCAUUUACUGUAUCAUCUUGCACCUGAUGCUUCUGAGCUGCGAUCGCUUCAUCUUUAUGUUCUUCCCUCUACGCUACUCCAGCAUCGUGACCCCCACGCGAAGUCUGAUAGCUUUAGUACCAGCAUGGCUCCUACCAUUCUUCUCGAUGACUGUCAUCCCCCAGUUUAACAGUGAUAUUAAAAAGGGCUCUACGUUUAGAAAUAGUCUCGUCGGCUGCCCUGUCAGCUGGAAUACGCAGGAUUCGUCUCCGGCUCUCUACGCGCAUCACCUCUUCAACACCGUAUGGUUCCUGGCCGUGCCUUUUGCGGUGAUGUUGGUGGUUCAUGCCCUGGUUGCCAAGCUCUCGUUUAAGCAAGCCAACAAGGUUUACCCCGGUAGUCAUCUAAGCAGAGCCAGUCCAAAUUUCACCAGCGCGGUCUUGUCAGUCAAAAGGAGAAUAAAAGCGUUGAAAUGGGCCAAGACAAUCGCUAUUAUGAUUUGCUCGUUUCUGCUGACGUAUCUUCCCGCCUUCACGUGCUCGCUGGUCGCUGCUCAUCGCGGGACCUCUCUUCUUCCGCGUCAAGCCAAGAACAUUUUGCUUCUUCUCGUGUUUCUCAACAGUCCUCUGAACUUCAUCAUCUACUCUCUUCGCUCCAAGGUGUUCACUGGAGAACUGGAGAAAUCCCUAAGUGCGCUUCUCUGGUGCCUCCCAGAACACCACAGGAUGACCAUGUUCUCAAGACGAGACGAUAGAGAGUUCAGAAGCUCGUUCGAGAGACCAAAGAGGGGUACUAUUUGCUUAGCGCAAACGUCCACAACUCUGAUGAGGUCCGAUGAGGCGACUUAUAUCUCUAGCCUUCAAACUCCUAGGGAAGUGGGCAGAAGGUACUCAAACAUUUUUUGAGUCCUUGGCAAAAAAAAAGAAAUAUUCUAAAUAUUAUAGUACGGCGCAGGGCACAUGUCUCCCAAAAAUGGAUAGGGGUGGUUCCACCCACCCACCUGCAUAUCCAAUUUUCCCUGCGCUCGCCUUAAACCUAC